UUUGAUGGCUCCCAUCAAUGAUAACACAUUUUCUAUAUUCUCAUCGCUGUCUGAAUCGGCGAACGGAAUACUCUUCGGAACAAUUUGCGGACUCUUCUUAGUUUUAGUACUUCUUUCAUCGGUUUUGUGUUUUCUUAAACGAAAAGCGAGCGAAACUUCCGGAUCUGAUGACGAGAGGUUAGGCUUAACAGCACUCAUAAGGCGAACAAACGCCACCAAAAUAGCGAUUUCUUAUUUCAAGCGGAAUUUGAAACCCUUCCCGAAAAAUUUUCCGAUCGCACCACUAAUGCAAGCGAUUCGCCUGAAAACAUGUCCAAAAAUCGAUAUCCAGACAUUAAAAGCUACGAUCAAACUCGGCUACGAUCAAACUCGGGUUAUAUUGAACACAAUUGAAGGCAUCCCUGGAUCUGAUUAUAUAAACGCAGACUUUGUUGAGGGAUACAAACGACGCAAAGUAUUUAUCUGCGCUCAGGGGCCCACUCAGAAAACUGUGAAUGAUUUUUGGCGAAUGAUUUACGAACAGAAAUGCAGAGUAAUUGUUAUGUUGACUGGCAUUGAAGAACAGGGAAGAAUCAAAUGUAGCCAAUACUGGAGUGAAGAACAGCCCAAAGAGAUAUCAAAUAUGUUU